AUGGGUAAAGCAGUUUCCAAAUUAUCAAAAGAUGAUAUUAAACAAUUAACAGAUGCUACUUAUUUCGAUAAACGAGAGUUACAACAAUGGUAUAAAGGAUUUCUUAGAGAUUGUCCGACUGGUCAAUUAUCAGAAGAAGAAUUUGCAAAAGUUUAUAAACAAUUCUUUCCAUUUGGUGAUCCAACAGAUUAUUGUCAUUAUUUAUUUAGAGUAUUUGACUUAGAUGGUAGUAAAUUUGUUGAUUUUAGAGAAUUCAUAUUAGCAUUAUCUAUAACUACAAGAGGUACAGAACGACAAAAAAUGGAAUGGAGUUUUAAAUUGUAUGAUUAUCAAAGGAAAGGUCAUAUUAAAUAUAAUGAUUUGUUACCUGUUAUUAGAGCUACUUAUAAAAUGAUUGGUCCAAUGGUUGAAUUACCUGAAGAUGAACAAACUCCAGAACAAAGAGUAAAUAAAUUAUUUAAUUUAUUAAAUAAAAAUAAAAAUGAUAAUAUUACAUUGGAAGAUUUUAUUAAAUUAUCAAGAUUAGAUCCAAAUAUUUUAACUUCAUUAAAUUCAUACCAGGGAUUAGUAUAA